GUUCUUUCCUUUUCAUCGCCAUCUUGGAUCAGCAACAAGAUGCCGAAACCAGUCUAUAGUAAAACCUAUACGACGCCUAGGCGACCCUUUGAGAAAGAACGUCUAAAUCAAGAAUUAAAGAUCAUUGGUGAAUAUGGUUUAAGAAACAAGCGUGAAGUGUGGCGAGUAAAGCUUUCUUUAGCCAAAAUUCGUAAAGCUGCCAGAGAACUUCUCACGUUGGAAGAGAAAGACCCUCGUCGUCUUUUUGAAGGCAAUGCUCUUCUCCGUCGUCUAGUUCGUAUUGGUGUUCUCGAUGAGAGCCGAAUGAAGCUAGAUUACGUGUUGGGUCUUCGUAUUGAAGAUUUCUUGGAGAGAAGGCUUCAAACUCAAGUAUUCAAACUCGGUUUGGCCAAGUCUAUCCACCAUGCUAGAGUUCUUAUCAGACAAAGACACAUACGCGUCCGUAAGCAGUUGGUCAAUGUCCCAUCAUUCAUUGUACGUUUGGAUUCCCAAAAGCACAUUGAUUUCUCUCUGAACUCGCCCUAUGGUGGUGGUGGACCAGGCCGUGUCAAGAGAAAGAAUGCCAAGAAACACAAGGGUGGCGGUGAUGCUGGUGAGGAGGAGGAAGAUGAAGAUUAGACCAAACUCCUUCACAAUAAUCCUUGYUUUAUUGAUGCCAAUAAAAUAUAUUUGAAUUA